UUUAAGGGAGUUUGUUAUUGUUUUGAAACAGUAACCUCAUAGUUAAUUUAUCACCCUCAGUAAAUUAUAUUAUCGUAGUUUAUUCGGGAAACAAUUCAUUAUGGGAGAUUCUAGUGACGACGAGACAAAAGUUACGGGUCCAAUAGAAAAUGCUUGGUCACUGAAAAUUCCAGAAUUCAAACCUGAUGAUAAUCCACAUGGACUACUGGAAGAAAGUUCUUUUGCCACUCUUUUUCCUCAAUACAGAGAACAGUACCUUAAGCAAGUAUGGCCUUUAGUACAAAAGACAUUAGGAGAAUAUAACAUCAAGGCAGAAUUGGAUCUAAUUGAAGGUAGCAUGACUGUUAAAACUACAAGAAAAACUUGGGAUCCCUAUGUUAUCAUUAAAGCAAGAGAUAUGAUUAAACUAAUGUCUCGAAGUGUUCCAUUUGAACAAGCCAAAAGAGUUCUAGAAGAUGAAGUAGGAUGUGACAUAAUCAAAAUAGGUAAAAUAACUCGUAACAGAGAGAAAUUUGUUAAAAGAAGACAGAGAUUAAUUGGGCCAAACGGUUGUACCUUAAAGUCUAUUGAACUUCUUACAAAUUGCUAUAUUCUUGUGCAGGGUAACACAGUAUCAGCCUUAGGACCUUACAAGGGUCUUCAACAAGUUAGGAAAAUUGUUGAAGACACUUUAAAAAAUAUCCAUCCAAUUUACAAUAUUAAGGCUUUGAUGAUUAAAAGAGAGUUAAUGAAGGAUCCAAAACUUAAAAAUGAAAAUUGGGAAAGGUUUUUACCAAAGUUUGUAAAGACCAACAUUAGUAAGAGGAAGCAACCAAAGAAAAAGAAGGUUAAGAAGCCUUAUACACCAUUCCCACCUGCUCAACAAGAAAGCAAGAUUGACAAGCAACUUGAAACUGGUGAAUACUUCCUCAAUAAAGAGGAAAGAAAAGCCAAAAAACAAAAAGAAAAGGAUGACAAGCAUGCAGAAGCAGCAAAAAGGAGGGAAGAAAAAAAAAGUAAGGCAUUUAUUCCGCCAGAAGAACCGCAGGCCACAAGUUCUAAGAAUCAGAGUUCAAGCAACAAUAAAGUUGACAUAGCAGCUUUGAAAGAGAAGAUUAUGAAAGCUAAGAAAGAGACUAAAAAUACUGGUUUUAAGCUGUAAAUAAUGUCUAUUAUUUAUAGUUUUGAAAUUAUGUAUUUAAGGUUAGUAGGAAGUAUUCUAAAUUGGUUGUUAAUCAAAAAUAUUUGAAUAUAUGUUUCCUAAAUUUUA